CCGUGGCGAACAUGUUCAUACAUCCACCCGGGAUCAUCCGCGGAAAAGGAAGAAAAUCACAGGCUGUCAGAAAAGUUUUCCUGCGGGGAGAGGAUCGGGCUCUAUCGGACCGAGGACAGCCGGAGGAUCGCGCUCUCAGGAUUAUUAAUUGUCGCAAUAAACUGUAUUCAUCAUGGACGCGCUAAAAUCAGCCGGACGCGCGAUCAUUCGCAGUCCCAGUCUGGCUAAACAGUCUUGGACCUCUGGAAAACAUAAAAAGCUGCCAGAGAACUGGACAGACACGCGGGAGACGCUGCUGGAGGGGAUGGUCUUUCAGCUGAAGUAUCUGGGCAUGACGCUGGUGGAGGAACCCAAAGGAGAAGAGCUCUCAGCCGCUGCUGUCAAGAGAAUCGUUGCCACAGCUAAAGCUGGUGGGAAGAAGCUUCAUAAGGUGACGCUGAAGGUUUCUCCUCGAGGGAUUGUUCUCUACGACAGUGUAUCAAAUCAGCUAAUAGAGAAUGUGUCCAUAUACAGGAUAUCAUACUGCACGGCUGAUAAGAUGUAUGAUAAAGUGUUCGCCUACAUCGCUCAGAGUCAACGCAAUGAAACGCUGGAGUGUCACGCGUACCUCUGCACCAAGAGGAAAGUGGCUCAGGCGGUGACGUUAACGGUGGCUCAGGCUUUCCGUGUGGCGUUUGAGUUUUGGCAGACUGCUAAAGAAGAGAAAGAGAAGCAGGUGAAAUGUGGAUCAGAUGGAGAGGCGGCCAGCAGCUCUCAGUCUGAGAGUUCAGCCAGUCUUUCAUUUGUGUUUGUAGAGGUGGCCACUGGGGAUCUACUGGACCUUGAAUGUGGAGUGAAAGAUCACUCAGGAAUAGACGGCACACACCCGGCACAGAACCUCAGCACAGAGAACAACAACACUGUAUGGGAACUUGAGGAUGGUCUAGAUGAGGCUUUCUCAAGACUCGCUGAGUCUCGCACUAACCCCCAGAUGCUGGACAUUGGGGUAAACCCUCAGGACUACAACCCUGAAGAGUGCUUGUCGCCUAGCAACUGGGACAAAGCCGAUGCUGAGGCUGCAGACGCCGAGGCCGCGUUCGGAUUCUGAUCGACGGUUCGCGGGAGGAACGAGCUGAUGAAACGACACAAAGGGAAUCGAGCUCGUCUGACCGGCGCCUUCUGGCGGCUUUGAGUUGACAUGCGGUUCGGCAAACCCUACGGAUGACUUCAACAAAAGCACAGACCAAAGCAAUACAGAAUAUAGUUUUUCUUUUCUUUUUUCCGAAUUACUUUUAAGUAUAUUGACAUUUAAAAUGUUCUGUUACU